UUAUAUAGAAAGAAUUCUCUUCGAUGAUUGAAGAGUUUCAGUGAUUUGUAUUAAUUUAUAAUGGUUAAAGGCAUUAAAAUUAGUAUAUAUAAAUGAUAAUUUGUGUCUAUAAAAUUUGCCAUUUGAAUCUAUUGUAACAUUUAUUGAUAUUUUAAAUACUGAAUUAAGAUUAAUGGAUUUGUAUUGCAUCCAACGUGGUUUGUCUUCUUCGUUUAAACACCUUGGAAGAUUUAUUGGCAAAUAUCCAAAAUGGUUUAUCGUUCUUUCAGUUAUCUCUAGUUCUAUUAUUUCUUUAGGAAACAUUUGGAUUAAAUUCGAAACUGAAUUUCAUUAUUUAUUUAGUCCAAUUAAUGCACGAGCUUACAAAGAAAGAGAAAUUGUAGAAAAAUUAUUCCCACCAAAUAGAUCCGUUUAUUUUGAUUUUCUUCGAAUGACCGAUCAAGGAAGAUUUGCUUCAGCCAUAGUAAUUCCAAAAGAUGGAGGCAGUAUAUUAAGAGAAGAAAUAUUUCAAGAAAUAUUGAAACUUGACGGAUUGAUACAAUCAAUUAAUGUUACUUGGAAAAAUGUCACGUAUAGUUUUAACCAUUUAUGUGCCAAAAAUUAUGGAGUUUGUCAAGAUAAUAAUUUGUUAGAAUACGAAAAAAAUAUCCAUCAUUUUUCUGUAAAUAAAUUUUAUAUGAAAUUUCCAGCUGAGAUAAAUUUACAGUUAAUGGACUAUAAUCUUUCCGCCAUUAAUUUAGGAGGUGUUAAAGUAGAUAAAAAUGGCUUCGUUUUGGACGCUAAGGCCUUUCGUUUAUUUUAUUUUCUUGAUAACAGCGAUCCAUUUAAAGAUCAUUUGGAUGUUUUAUUCGAAAAAGAAUUCUUAAAGGCCAUGGCACAACAUACAUCUGAUGAUUUAACUAUAACAAAAUUUGUUUCGUCGUCUUUUAAUGAAGAAAUCUGGCAAUUUUCAAUCAAAGCUUUAAAACUAAGCCCAAUUCCUGUGUGCAUAAUAGUUACUUUCAGUGUUCUUUCGAGUAUUAGUAUGGAAUUUGUAAGGAGCAAACCUUGGCUGGGAUUAGCCGGAUGCCUAUUAGUUCCAUUAGCUACACUACCUUCUUUUGGAUUUGUAAUAUUUUGUGGAUUUAAAUGCACUCCUGUCAAUAUUAUCGUUCCAUUUUUGAUUUUAGGUAUUGGUGUGGACGAUACGUUCGUGUUAAUUGCAGCAUGGAGAAGAACUAAUCCAAAAGACAACGUUCAAAUUAGGAUGGGAGAGACUUAUUCUGAAGCAGCUAUGUCCGUCACAAUUACUUCACUAACGAAUUGUCUUUCUUUCAUGAUCGGUUUGAUCACUCCCUUUCCAAUAGUUCGUAAUGUUUGUACUUUUGCUACCAGCGCGAUCAUCUUCACCUACAUCUACCAGAUCACUUUCUUUGGUGGUUGCAUGGCUUUGAGUGGCUACAGAGAAGAAAAGAAGCUUCACCCAAUUACUUUUAAGAAAGUAAUUCCUAUGAGAGAAGCAGGUAAUAGAGGGUAUAUAUAUAAAUUGUUGUUUACCGAAGGAUUCACUUCAAAUUCAGCAGGAAAUCCACCAAAAUUGAUGAUUUGGUGUCGAGAUAAGUUAGGUGGCUGGAUGAUCAAGAAAUCGUCCAAGAUCAUUAUUUUGUCUCUUUAUAUAACAGCUUUAACAACGGCAAUUUAUGGAAUAACGAUAUUAAAAGAAGGAAUAGAAUACGGUGAUAUAUUUCCAACAACUUCGUAUGCUUCUUCGUAUGCCAUCAACUAUAAUCGCUAUUUUACUGAAUAUCCUCACGCACUUCAAGUUGUUAUUAGAGAAACUAUGGAUUAUUCUAAGCCCGAAGUGCAAAGUAAAGUCUUAAAUGUCAUACAAUCGUUUCAGAAUAGCACAUAUAUAGAGGAAAAUUACAUAACGUCUUGGCUAACAUAUUAUUUAUACUUCAUCAAAGAACCACGGUUUUGGUUUUAUAAAAAAUCGUAUAAUUUCAGUGAUCCAGAAGAUUUUGUUCAUUGCCUUCGAAACGUGUUCCUUCGCCAUCCCGUUACGAAGAUGUUUGAAAGAGAUAUCGUUUUUGACGAAGACGGUAUUCGUAUUUCUGCUUCGAGAUUUAUAUUGCCUUCUAAACAUGUAAAUAAUACCAUAUCAGAGAAGAAUAUGAUGGCAAACAUUAGAGCAAAAGCAGAUGCUGCAUCAUUACCAGUAACAGUACACAACUUUUGGUGGAUAGACUACGAACAAUUGUUAGUAGCCGAAAAGUUAACUAUACAAUCCAUAAUUAUAGCAGCAUCAACUGUAGUUUUAGUGUUUUUUCUCUUCAUACCAAACUUAGCGUGUGUCAUUUGCAUAAUGUUUAACAUUGUAUCCAUACAGGUUUGUAUCCUCGGUUAUAUGGCAUUUUGGAACGUAACUUUAAACCCUGUAUCAGUUAUAAUUUUAAUAGUAUCCAUCGGUUUAUCUGUAGAUUAUUCGGCUCAUAUCUCUUACUCGUAUUUAGAAGCAAAACAAUUCAGCAUUGAAGAUCGAAUUAAGCAUUGUUUAUUUGCUUCAGCCAUGCCAAUCAUUCAGGGAACUCUGUCGACAUUUUUCAGUGUAAUGGUCACAGUUUUUAUACCUUCUUAUAUAUUUCUAUCUUUCUUUAAAAUUAUAUUUCUUUUAGUAAUAUUCUCAUUUCUACACGGGUUGUUUAUUAUUCCAGUCAUGUUAUCUUCUAUGCAUUAUAUAGUGUACUCAUUGAAAAGUAAAAACAAAAACAGAACUAAACAUUACUCGAAAAGUACUAAAGAAAACCGUAAUAAGGAAUUGUUGACUGUUCUAUCUUCAGUAUAGAAAAAUGGCAAUCAAAGCAUCAAAAUUUCAAUAAGAUUCGUUCUAUUCAAUCUUAUGCACUUAAAAUAUUCUGGAAUUAUUGUCAGUAUAUUUGCAGUUUAUUUUAAGAAAGUAAAUAUAUAUUUUUAAUAUAAAUCAAAUGGAGGUAAUACUUAUAACUGAAAAAAUAGAUGGGUUUUUCAAUCUAUUAUUUCAUUUUUCACUCUUCACCCUGUUGACACUAAUAGGACCAAAUUAUGUAUGAUUAUACAUUUACUCAUUACGGGUUGGGUCAAGCCUACAAUGGGCAUGUCCGAGUAGUGAGGGCCUGACAAAUCCGGUACAGAUCAUCCAUGGAAAAAUUUCUGGGGCUGCACGCUCGAGGUUUCGAUUCCUGAUCCUUCAGACUGCCUUAACUGGCCGUCAGUCCGUCUUUAAAAUAACCUAACAGCGCACAAUUCGAGCAUGGAGUUAAGAAUUUUACUGCUUAUAAAUGAUGAUAUUUAGAUGUAAUAAAAACAAUAAACCCCCGAGAUAUGAAAAUUAAGGCAUUCAUUUUUGCCACGUACAUGUUUUUAUCUAUUCCGAAAAUUGUAAUAACGUAAUUCGUCCACUUCUCGGCUUUUUAGUGCUUUAAUACUAUUAAAUCAUACGGCGACUAAUCUUGUUGUAGACUUAUUAAGAAGAAUAGGGCUUUGUAAUUCUCUAUACGACCAUAAUCUGUUAACUUCAUUCCGAAAUGGACCGUCGUUCUUAUUAGGAUACAAUAAUUAAACUUGGAUCACAUUAAAAGAUAUGAUUCCAUUACAACAGUUAAAUAAAUUGUACAAAAUAAACAAAAAUGUAAAGUUUUUCAGAUUUUCACAUGUAAAAUUUUAUAUUAUUUUUUAAAUUAUGUGUGGAUAAAUAUAAUUCAAUGGAAGGAAAUAAAUCUAUCACAUUCUAUUAUAUAAAUUUAUCUAAAGAGUCUACAUUUAAUUUUUUAUAUUAUUAUAACUACU